AUGGACCGCCAGCUCAACAUCAGCUGCCUCGGCGGUGCGACGCCGGAUGCCAGUAACCGGAGCGGGUCAUCCGGCGGGCUGGAGGGCGGCAGGGCACAGCUCUCCGUCUUCAGCGUGCUUGUCCUCACCCUCCUGGCCAUGCUGGUGGUGGCCACUUUCCUGUGGAACGGCUUGGUCCUGGCCACCAUCUUCCGCGUGCGCACGUUUCAUCGGGUGCCUCACAACCUGGUGGCAUCCAUGGCCAUCUCCGACGUGAUGGUGGCGGCCCUCGUCAUGCCCCUGAGCUUGGUGCACGAGUUAUCGGGGCGGCGGUGGAGGCUGGGUCGCUCGCUUUGUCAAGUAUGGAUCUCCUUCGACGUUCUGUGCUGCACUGCCAGCAUCUGGAACGUCACUGCCAUCGCCCUCGACCGCUACUGGUCCAUCACCCGGCACCUGGAGUACACGCUGCGCACCCGGCGCCGAAUCUCCAACAUCAUGAUCGUGCUCAUCUGGGCGCUCUCCGCCUUCAUCUCCCUGGCCCCGCUGCUCUUUGGCUGGGGAGAGACUUACUCAGAGGACAGUGAGGAGUGCCAGGUAAGCCAGGAACCUUCCUACACCAUCUUCUCCACCUUCGGGGCCUUCUACCUGCCCCUGUGUGUGGUGCUGUUUGUCUACUGGAAGAUCUACAGGGCAGCCAAGUUUCGCAUCGGAUCUCGGAAGAGCAACUCCAUCACCCCCGUCUCACCAGAAGCCCUGGAGAUAAAGGAAGCUGCCCAGCAGCCACAGAUGGUCUUCACUGUCCGGCACGCCACGGUUACGUUCCAGACAGACGGAGACACGUGGAGAGAGCAGAAGGAGAGGAGAGCUGCCCUCAUGGUGGGCAUCCUCAUUGGAGUCUUCGUGCUCUGCUGGAUUCCCUUCUUCAUCACGGAGCUCAUCAGCCCACUCUGCUCCUGCGACAUCCCGCCCGUUUGGAAGAGUAUUUUUCUAUGGCUAGGCUAUUCCAAUUCCUUUUUUAAUCCCCUCAUUUACACUGCUUUCAACAAAAACUACAACAAUGCCUUCCGGAACCUAUUCUUUAGACAGCACUGAGAAAGAGAAGCUUUCUCUGCUCCAGGAGGCUAUUCGCAGCUCUCAGUGAAACCUAACAAACUCCUGAGGAAGCUGAGAACCACAAACACUGCGGUGAUGCUAAGGAUGCAUCCCCAUGGGUACGUCCCAGCAAUGGUCCCCGUUCCUAUGCAGUUGCUAUUUUUCAUGAAGCAGCAUGCAAAGGUUUCUCUGGCUAGCAGCAAAGAGUUCUGCCUCCAGUGCCCCACUGCUUUCCUCCUCCCUUCACAGUGAUGCUCUUGGGACAUCGAGGUGGCAAUGAUGGCUUCUGGGAAAGGUUCCUGUUUGAAACUCUGCCCACUGCUGGUCUCCUGGAGCAUUCAUCAGCUUUGUCCCAUGUGCAAAGCUGGGAACCUUCAGUGCCAGGGCAGUUGGUGACUAUGGAUGAAACUUGAUGUUCCUGGCUUGGUUGAACAGACAGUCAUAGCUUUCACUGGUAGAGAUUGUCAAGUGUUUGUAUUUGAGAGAUAAUGUCCUCGUUGAAGGGUUAAAAGCAGAGUCCCAACUACAAUGCCCUUUUUCACAUCAACAACAGAUUGUGCUAUUUGCUAUUCUGUUCCAUGCAGCAGGUUUUUAAAAAAAUAUAUUUAUUGUGAAAGCUUAGUGCAUGGUAUACACUGGAAUGAGAAAUAAUGCAUGAGAAAUUCACCUGCCUCAUUGCCUAACUGAUAAGCAUCUGCUUCAGACUUUUACUUUCCAAAACCCCAGGCCUUCCUGGGCUGUGAAUGUUGAACUGUGUCCGUGUUUGCCAUUCUAAAUCACAGAUGUAUUUUGAGCAGAUGUGGGGCAGGUUUCCUGUCGUUGCAGGGGAUACAAGGUGUGUAUUUCAGAUUUCCCAUCAAUGUGGAGCCGUGUAUUUGUAUUUAUGAGUGUGGUUCAGGUUCACUUGAGUCAAAGCAAAGACCCCAUUUAAUUUCCAUGGACACUGGACUGCAGACACAAGGCAGUUAAUGAUGGGCAUAGUUUCAUUCUGAAAGCAGAACCAACCCAUAGAUGUGCUCUGCUGUGAGGCCCAGACUUUAAUAAUUCUUCUACCCCUCUACGGUUAUUCUACCUGCUUGCUCUGUGGCCUCCCUGCCUUCCCUUGUUGCCCACAUUGUUGUUGACAUUUCACUACUGGAAUUAGAAUUAUGCACUUUGUACUGUGCUGCUGAAAGACUGACAGACCUCCAGAUAAAGAACAGCAUUAUUUUUAACCAUCACUACUUUAGGGGCAGCCCUUGAAAUCAGAUUGGAACUGGAAUGACAUGAUUUGGUGUCAGAUCUUUCAAGAAGAAGAGAUAAAAGGGAAAAAUGUCUAUAAAUCAUGGGAAAGUUCCCUCGUGAUGGAUAGGAUUAGUUCUUAUCCUUAGUGGAUCAUGAGACAUCAGAAGUUAAAAUUGUCACUGGUCCUUUAAACCAGUCAAAAAUCCUGUUAGAAUUGUUAAGGAAAAAAAAGCCCUUUUUCUUUUCACAUUUUGAGACAGAUACAAAUGGAAGCAGAGCUCAAGGUGCUACCAAGCCUUGGAGCCCUUUCAGGGCCAAACAUCCAUCAGGAGUGACACAGAUGCAGCUGAUCUGCCUCCAAGCAAGAGGAGAGAUAAGGUGGCCCUUGAGAUCCUUUUCAACGCUACUUUAUAAAAGUCUGUUCAAAAUAUUAGGUAAAACCUUACCCUCACUGAAGGCAGUGGACAACUUCUCAAUGAAUUCAAGUGAAUUGGUGUUUUACCCAGUGUCUUGUCUUGUAAAACCAUAGCUUUAAUGUUAAUUAAUUCAAGAAGAUGGGCAGAAUGAAAACAAUCUUCUAAUUCCCUGAAAUAGUCCUUGCUCUGCACUAAGCAGGGACCAACCUCCCCACAGCUAGUAAAAGGCUAUUUCAUUUCUUUAUUACAUGAGGUAAGGGUGAUCUCUCGGGUGUAUCAAAAAUUGUGAUAAACUCUUGAGCUGCUGUUCUUGUGAAGGUAUAAAAGUUACACUGCUUUCUCUGGACAGCUCAUCACCAAUGCAGAGUUGCACUUCUGGGGAACUUAAGUGCUUUUGUUGUGUGAAGGGCUGUUCAUCCAGAAAUGAGCUGGAAAAAUACUUCUUUAUCCAACCAUAUUCAGCUGAGGUAGUGGGACAUACACAGUCAUUUUUGGCAAAGCCUGUAAGCAGAGGAUGGACUAUUUGCUUUGUCUGAACAACACUCCUCCAAAAUACAAUCCACAGACUUCUAAAACUAUCACAGAAUCAUAGAAUUGUUUGAGUUGGAAGUGACC